GUGGAAAAUCGUAAGUAUCUAAUUUAUAAAUUUUAUUUAGUAUACAUGUUUCCAUGUUUCCAUGUUUAUAAUUAACACUUAUUCAAAUUGUUGUUUAGUUUCUCUCCGAGUAGGCCAGCUGCACAGUGUGUAAAACAUGUGAUUCAACAAAUGUAUAAAAAAGCUUGGAAGUCAUUCAAAGAACUUUCCAAGGAUGAGAAAGAUGAAUGGUUUGAUAAAUUUAAGGAAAAGUGUACGUGGAAUGUAAUGGAUGAAUAUAUGAUUAGAAAAAAUUAUCGGGGAAGAACAUCUGUCCGACUUUCUGACAUGCUUAGGCGUGUCAGACUUGAUUGGGAAGAACGAAAUAUUCGUCCCAACUGGAUAGGCAAGGAAGUAUUUGACGAACUUCUUGCCUAUUGGGCUACCGAUAAUUUUAAAGCUAAAUCUCAAAAAGCAAAAGACAUGAGAGCAUCCGAAAGGGGGGGUUGCCUUAAUGCUACAGGAAGUAUAAGCAUUGGAGAACAUGCAAAACGGAUGGUAAAAAUUAUAACUACGGUUUAAAAUUAUAUUUUGAUUUAUUAUGUGUUUAAUUAAAUUUAUUUAUAUUAAUCAGACUAAGGCACAAGGAAGACCCCCCCGACUUAAUGAGUUGUUUGUGAAGACCCGUACAAAAAAAUCGGGGGAUUUGGUUGAUGAUCGGUCGAGAAGAACUAUAGUAAGUUGUUUCUAUUUUAUUUUUUUUUGUUAAAAUUCUAUCAAUUUUGUGGCGUGAAUUUCACGUGGUAAUAAUGUUUGUGGCAUGAAUUUCAUGUGG